UGUGCCACCAUCCACCAUUGUCUGCAGUGAGUUACUAUCUCACGACUGACCUAGGUAAAAUCCACUGGUCACGGCUUGUUACAAGAACUCCAGGAAAUACUUCUUGGAGACCGUAGUCAGUGAGCAUAUGACGAUUAUAAUCAGAGAGGAAGUUUUGGGAUAUUAUAUUAAGUUAAUUGUUGAAUUCAUGAGUUAAUUGAAAUUAGACGAUCAUGGAAACCUGGACGGCUGUUUCGUCCUAAUGUAAAACUUCUAGGUAGCGUGCAUUCAUUAUACAUUGACAUCAUUAGAUUCCGGCUCAGUGGUCUAAUGGUUAAGCGCUUGCGCACAAAACGGAUAGGUCCUGUGUUCGAAUCCCGCUAGGCAGCAUUAUGAAUGUGAACUGCUGAGGAGUCUCACAAGAGAACAAAUCAGCUUCCAGGUUUUCCAUGACAGUCUAGCUUCAAUUGACUCAUCAUUUCAACUAUUGAAAUUCCUAUAAUAUCCACAAAACUCCUCUUUGAUAACAAAAUUUACAUUCCUAAUAAAUCCAUUAAUUUCCCAUUCACUAUACAUGAUAUCUUAAUUUUACACGUAAAUAUUUAAAAGUCAUUUUCUCAUCUUUACACACACACACACUGUCUUUCUUCCUUUCUAUUUUUUUUUCUUUUACCUAUGUAAUUAUCUUUUCAUUUAGUUCUUUUUUCUUUUUUUUUGUUUCUCUUCAUAGAAAUGAAAUUUUUCUAAUAUUUAAAUGUUAUAAUCAAUAAAAUCAAAUGAGAAAUACGGAAAAAUCAGAAAAUUUAUGGUGUUUUUCAUUUAUUCAAUAUUUAAUGAAUAAAUAUUUCAAUUAUAAAACUAUGCAAUCACAUGAGAAAUAUAUUACAUUAAAACAUAAUAAUAAUAGUAAUAAUAAUAGUAAUGAUGAUAAUAAUAAUUUACAAUAUAGAAGACAAUCAUUAAAUGAAACUAUGGAAAAAUCAAAAAAUUUAUUAAAAAAAUCAACUACAAUGUUAUUCACUAAUAGUAAUAAUAAUGAUCAUCAUAAUCAUAAUCAUAAUAAUGAUCAUCAUCAAAUGAAUAUCAAUACAAUACUUCAUUAUAAUCCAUUAGCAACAAAUAAAUUUUCAAAAACAUAUAAAUCAAUUAAAAAUCAAUUAAAUUCAUCUCAUCUAUGGAAAUGUCCACAUUGUUUAACUGAAAUACAAUUAAUCAAUAUUCAAACUACACCAGAUAUUAUUAUUAAAUCAAAUCAAUAUAAUAAAAAAAUUCGUACAAAUCCAUGGAUAAAUUAUUCUAAAUUAGAAUUAAAUCAUUCUAAAUUUAAUAUACCUAUGACAUCUUAUUCAAUUUCUAGUUCAUUAACAGAUAGUGGUAUUUAUUUAUGUACAGAUAAUAGUUCACGUUAUGAUUAUAUAACUCGAUCAACUACAGAAACUGAAAUAAAUAAAAAUAAUUAUUUUAAUAUAAAAAAAAAUGAUAUACCUAUUAUACCUAUAUCACCAGAUCCUCCACCAUCACCAGCUCCAAAAUGUACACAAUGUAUUAUUAAUCCAGAAUGUUUAGACCAUACUAAUUUAUCUUAUGAAGUAAAUAAAACUCAAGAUUUAUUAAUGAAUUCUAAUAAAACAUAUAAAGGAUUUUGUAAAUCAGCAACAUUGGAUUUAUCUAAUUUAAUUACUGAUACUAAUCAAUCAAUCAAUAAACCAAGAAGAAGAUUACUAACUAAAAGAGUAAGAAAUCAAAUGAGAAGAUCAUGGUUACAAACUAAUACAGGAUCAACAUUACUUCCAUAUUUAUCACCAUCUAUACAUUCAAAUCCAUCUUCAUCCUCAUCAUCAUCAUCAUCAUCAUUGUGUAAAUCUCCAUCAUCUAAACAUAAAGUUACUCUUUCAGCAGAUGAAAAAAGUUCUAGUUAUAAAAAUAAUCAAACUGAAAAUAUAAAUGAUAAAUAUGAUUUAUUAAGUAAACAAUCAGAUACAUAUGAUGAUAUUUACAAUAGUACACAUAUUACUUUUAACAAAAAUACUAAUAUUUCUAAUUCACAAUCUAUUAUAGACAAUGAAAUUAAUCAAUCAAUGAUAACCUCUUUCAUUGAAAAUAUGUCACCAGAAUUGUUUAAAUCAAUGAAUAUAAACAAUGGUCUAAAUUUUUCAACCGUUUAUAAUAAUAAUAAUGAUAAUAAUAAUGACAGAGAUGAAGACAAUUUCUAUGAUGAUAUUCAAUUGGAAAAUUUACGAACUAAUUUAAAAAUCCUCUCUGAAGCUAAAAAUGUAAUCAAUAUGCAAAUGAGAAAUUUAGGUCAAAAUUAUAUUAACUAUUUAAAGAGUAAAUAUUUAAUGAAUACAGUGAAAGAUCAAUAAAGUUAUAAGUGAAACAUUGGGAAUUGAAAAUUGAUUAGAAAAUAGAAUUUUUGUAGAGAAAAAAAAAUAUUUUUUUUAUUGUAUAUAAUGUAGUGUAAAUUAAUGCAAUCGAGUGACAGAGAGAGAGAGAGAGAGAAAGGGAUAGAGGGGUGGGCGGGGGAGUGGUUACCGGAGGGAAUUAUUUUAUAUCUAAAUUCCAUGGAAUUAAUGAAAAAUGAUUUAACUAAUGACAUGAUCAAUUAUGAUCUAUUGUACAUUCUCUAUAAAUUAUGAAUUACAAAUGUAAAAGAAUAAAUGUUAAGUAUGACAUUAGUUUUAUUUCUAUACAUGAAAAAGAUUGAUCUUACAAUUUUUGAUGAACAAUAGAUUUUUGUGUACACAUUGUAAGAGUGAUAAUAUGAAUCAUGUAUAAUCUAACUAUGAAUAUAAAAAAUCUAUUUACAUUCAAUGUAGUUAUUUAUUUGUCUUUUUAUUAGAUGGUUUCAAGUAUAUUAUUGCAGAAUGUAGAACUUCAUAUUUCAUUUUUCUUCAUAUAUAUAUUGACAAGAAGGUGACAAUGUAACCAUAGUUUAUCUCACAUAUACUUUGGUAGUGUUAACCAUCCAUUUUUGUGUAGUUGACAAGUAAAACCUGUGAUUCAUGAUAACCACUGAUAUAGUAGUAGAUAAAUGGAUAAUAACUUACUGAGUUAAUUAAAAGUAGACAAUAUUAUAUUGACGUUAUCAAUAUCAAACCACCUUCAUAUCAAAUCAUAAAACUUUGUAAAUUCGUCAGUAAAAAUGCCUGUUAGUUCUCUAAUAAACAAUGAAUUUCAUUCAUUUUAAUUAUUUAACGACAAUUUUCAUGCAAAUUUUAAUUUCAAAAAGUUUCAUACAAAAAAAACAAAAUAAAAUCAAAAAUUGAUUUGAAUAAAAGUCUAGAUAUUAGCAUUCACAACCCAAUCAGAAAUCG